GAACUACUUUAAAACUAUCACGUGACUUUAUUGUAAAAAAAUCGCAAAACGUCUUAGCUAAAGAUGUCUUCGAUUCAUUAAAAAAAUUAAAAAUCACUGACAAAAUGAAUAACACUCAUUCUUUGAAAAUCGAUGAAAAUGGAAUUACUUUUAAGCAAAACAAUCAAUUACUUGCCUCCAACAAAAAUUCUAAUACUUCUCCAACUAUAUUUUCUGUACAAUCGUCACAUCGUCAGCAGCAGCGUUAUAGUUCAAUGUAUGAAAAUUCUAACUCAGAUAUUUUGACAACGAACAGAUUGCACUUGAACGAUUCCAGCAAUGACCAAAACCUGAGUUAUCUUUCUUCUCACAACAGUAAUGGCUCAAAUUUAUCUUCUGCAUUUAAUAAUCGUCAAAUUCAAGCACCUCAAAUUUAUAAUGCCUCUUUGAAUAGUUCAAACUUAUUGUCAUCUACUGGGGCUGAACACACUCAUAUGUUAUCAAAUCAAGUGAAACAUGAAACAAGUCAAGAAAAUCAAACUUACAGUCAGCACAUCAGAAUCGGUAUUGUAUCAUCUGAUUCUUCAACAGGAUCAACUUCUAAUAUCCAAUCAAACUCAAUGAGUUAUUCUCAAUCUACUAUGGGUUUGCAAUAUUCAACAUCUGGUUCAUUUCAGACCUCAAACAACACUUUGGUGACAUUGGAAAGUCAGCAAGGUGGCCACCAACCCACUUAUGUUAUACUCCAAGCACCUGAUGGAGAAGGAGGUGGUCAGUCACAAAUGUUUAUUGCUAUGCAUGCUCCUGGUUUAUCAAAUCAAGAUCCACAGCAACAGCACCAACCAUAUGUCACUUUGCAACCUGUUGAUGAAAAUGAUUUAGCAAAUGCUGGUUUAGUACAAGAAGGAAUGAGUUUACAGCAAGUUGUUAUGGCUAGCUCUUCAAAUAUUAAUGUCGAUAGCAAAUCUUUAAGUUCAGAAAAUGGACAACAGGUUGUUUUAAGUAUACCAAGUCAGCAAUCAAUUCUUCAACAAACAGGAAAUGGGCAACCAAUGGUUGCUUAUCUGCAAUCUCUUGAUCAUGGUCAAGUAAUAAUGGCUGCAAGUGAUUUAUCAGGAAAUUUAACAUUACAUAAUGUUACUAGUCUUAGUAAUAAAAGAAACAUUUUGUCUGCUGCUCGCUCUGCAGCUUCUGCAGUUGGUUUGGCGCCUCGUAGAAGACUAAGUACAGAUCCACGUAGUUGUGAACAAUGUGGAAGAUGUUUCAAAUAUCCUUCUGAUCUUAAAAAGCAUUUACAAAUACAUACAGAUGUAAAAAAAUUUGAGUGCGAUGAAUGCCCUCGCACUUUUCGACGUUUGCAUCAGUUGAAUGUUCACAAGAGGAUACAUACAGGAGAAAAACCCUACGUUUGCAACAGGUGUGGAGCACAAUUUCGUCAUGAUUCUACACUUACAAUGCACAUUCGUACUCGGCAUGAUCAUUUAAAACCAUUUACUUGUGAUGGAUGCGGUAAAAAGUUUGGGCGAAUGUCACAUUUACGGAAGCAUCAAAGAAACGUCUGUGGGCGAAACGAAGUUCGCGGGACAACAGUAUAUUGCAAAUAUUGCGCCAUGCAGUUUGCGAAAAAAUCUGAUUUAAAAACUCACUUUAUGCUAUGUGAAAAAAAGCCUGACCCAAUCGAAAAAGAAAUACUUUCACCAACUCCGUUUAUAUGUGACUGCGGAAAAGAAUUCAAUCGUGUGUACGAUUUCAAGAGGCAUCAACUAUCUCAUUCGGACGAAAAACCCUAUGGAUGUCCUCAAUGCGGUAAAAUGUUUAAAGAACGUUCGUCUCUUAAUAAACAUGUGAAACGAAUGCACUGUAGCGAAGGCGAUGGCACAAUUCCUAUAGAUGAUGACGGAGUUAUUGCUGGAGAUGAUGACGAUGAUGAAGAAGAAGACGACGAGAUGUCUGGAGAAGAACACGAGCUCACAUCGACUGAUAUUAUUGUAUCGUUAUCUAUGACUGGAAAUGAUGGUACUCAGUCUAAAACUGCUACAGUAGCAGCACAAACAUUAGCUCAAGCAGGUAUAAUUACCUCAUCUGAUGGUCGAGUCAUGACUGCAAGCGGACACCCGUUAACUGCAGCUGAAAUUCUUAACUUUCCAGAGGUAGCUGAAGCUCUUGGUAUAAAUUCAAGUAUUCAUGCAACAGUGCUUGAAACUGAUGAUAACUCGACAAUGAUUGCUAUUACUCAAGCAAACGAGUUGGAAACGAGUGAAGUUUCCAUGGAAAUGGAACAGAAUAUGAUCCAAGAUAAUUUGAUUUGUUCAACAUCUGGUCAUUAUAUGUCUUCUUCAGAUAGUUUAAGCAUGAAUCGGGUUACAACGGGACCCGAAAAUUCUGAUUUGCCUACAAUGUAUAGUUCCGAUAAUACUGAUAUGUAUAAUGGCGACAAUAGCGUAGAUUACUCGAGCUCACUAGACAAUAAUAUGACCUUUAAACAAGAGGAUACUGAGCGUUACUUAAAAGUGGAAAACGAUUUUAAUACUGUUGACGAUGAGCAAAAUUCGAACUACAAUCCUCAAAUUUUGAGUGAAGAUUCUACAGACGAUAAUUUAGUAUUAAAUUCCGUUUAAUAUUUUUUAAAUCGA